AUUGGUUACUGUAUCUACUACUAUUAACUUGACUUAUAUACAUACUUGUAUAGCACCAAGGUUCUGCUACCAUUGCACGCAUACAAAAGUAUGCCUGCUUGGCUACUUGAUAUCUUUAUUUUUCUUUUCUCCAUGUUCUUUUUCUCCUUCUUCUUUUCAUAUAUGUCCCCUUGUAUCGUCUUUCUUCCAUCACAUGCUUGUAAGCGCUCUGUAGAAUUGCAUCUAUGCCGGCGGUCAAAAAUGUGUCUCUGCUUUUCUGUCUCCCUUACGUCAAAGAAGCUGCCAAGUCAAAGGUCGCAUCGUCUGCCUCGGCACCAGCAAAUUGGCCAAUCAGCCAAUGACGGCAAUGGAGCACGUGCCCCCCUGGGUCGAAGCAGCAGCUGAUGCUGUAAUCUGCAACUUUUUCUUCCUCGUGCCUUGAGCUAGAAGGGUGGGAGAAGCACAGGCGAGCACUUUUAGGCAGCUGAUCGAAUGACCAUUUUUGGUGCUGCUGUGCUGAAUG